CCUGCGUGCAGACAUGGUGACGUCACAUCGCGCACCGCUGCUCGCUCGUCCGUCCUGCGCAAACCCGGAAGUCAACAACGAGCGCCGGAAUUCCGAACAAGCUAGGGCGGCAGCACGUGGCGUAGUGCCUAACGGCCCAUUGGUCGGCUGGGUCUGUGACGCAAGAGGACAACGAAGCCUGUAGCACUUCCCGCGAGGCUCUUGCUCAAACUCGCUUGGCGCGCACGUCGGGUGCGUGCUACAACGGAAAACGUGGACGACGCCUGCAAGCGCGCAAAGGUAAGAAGAAACGCGCUUGGUCCUCGCACUUCUUUCUUGCACGCGCGCCAAGCAAGGCUUCAAGAUUCAAGCUUGUACAGGAGUUGUUAAGCUUAGUGGGCGGAGUCAGGGGCGAGCUGCUCUCAGGCUCCAAUGUCCCGAGAAACCCCACAAGAGGGGGACGGGGCCCAGUGCUCGUCGCAGGCCCCGUCCACCCUGUCCCCCUCACAGGCCCAGUCCAAGUCCCAGGGCAGCUCCAGUUCUUCCAGUGUCCCGGCAUCAGGCAGCCAGUCGUCCAGCGGCUCGGGGACGCUGAGCAGCGCCGACACGCUUCCCGUCACCUUGCCGUCUGUCCCCGAGGAGCCCGAAAGUCAACCUUGGGGACGUCUGCUGCCCAUGCAGCCGGGCUUUGGCUCUCACGAUUGCGUUGAGGACGAGUAUUUGUUUGGCCGAGACUCCAAAUGUCAUUAUGUCCUGGACGAUCCCGACCACAGAGGAUCCUUGCGAUUCCGAAUUUAUAGCAAGCGACACUUCAGGAUCUACAGGGAGGGCACCGAGGUGUUUGUUCAGGACCUGAGCAACAACGGGACCUUUGUCGACGGGAACAAAAUCGGAUGCAACAAGAUACUUCCUCUGGUCAACAACGCAGUGCUGGCGCUGUCCGAGCAGCGCAACAAAGUGUUUGUCUUCAUCGACCUGAUGUCUAGCCAAGAGUCCUCGUUGCCCAAGGAGCUCCGCGACAAGUAUCUGCUGACCCGUCGCAUCGGGACAGGCGUGUGCGGCGAGGUGAAGCUGGCGUUCCAACGCUCCACCUGUAAAAGGUUUGCCGUCAAAGUCAUCAACAAGAACAACUUCAAGUCCGAAGGAACGGCCGCCAGAAACGCUCAAACGGAGAUCGAAAUCCUGCAGCGCAUCGAUCACCCGUGCCUCAUCAGGACCGAGGACUUCUACCAGACGGACGACACCUUCUUCAUCGUGUUGGAGCUGAUGGAGGGCGGCGAGCUCUUUGGUCGACUCAAAUCUCAGCAGCGACUUAGCGAGGCCACGGCCAAGCUUUACUUCUACCAAAUGUUGAAAGCUGUGCAGUACCUACACAGCCGGGGCAUCAUCCACCGGGACCUGAAACCGGAGAACAUCCUCCUGUCGUCGCAGGAAGACGACUGCCUCGUCAAAGUGACGGACUUCAACCAGUCACGCAUCCUGGAGGAGGCGGCCUUGAUGCGGACUCUGUGCGGGACGCCGUCCUACCUGGCGCCCGAGGUGCUGACGCACGCCGCUACCGGCGGAUACGGCCUGCCCGUCGACGCCUGGAGCCUCGGCGUCCUCCUGUUUGUCUGCCUGUGCGGGUACCCGCCGUUCCACGAGAGCUUCUCGGACCUGUCGGUGAGCGAGCAGAUCGUGCAAGGCCGCUUCACCAUGGUGCCGUCCAAGUGGCGCCACGUGUCCGACCAGGCCAAGGACAUGGUUAGGAAGCUUCUGGUGGUGGCGCCCGCCGACAGGAUGACCAUCGACGAGGCGCUCUGGCACGCCUGGCUGCAGGACCCCGUGAUGUUGGAGAAAGCCAACCGCCUGAUGUAUCCAGCUGCCAUGGAGGCGGGGCCGGCGAGGAAACGACAGCGAGAGGACCAGGAUGAGGAUCGUUCUGCCAAACAAGCCCCGCCCACAAAUGUUUUGCAAUAAAGUCUUUGCUCUCGUCCGCUCA